AGGCUUUGUAAAAGUAGCUAAAGAGGAUGUGGUGGAAUUUUGUGAAAGCGUUGCAAGAAUUAAAGCGGCACAAUAUCUAGUUGAAUGGAGGCCCUUAAAAAGAGGGAGCAUACAUUUAUCAUUGCAUCAAGUCGUCGGAGUGAUAAGACGUGUUUUUAUUUUGCUGCCGCUAUGGAAACUCUUACGUGCUCUAAGUGCUUUAAAUCCGUUCGUAUUGGCUAUGAAAUCUCAUGCCAAGUGUGCAAAAGCAAAUUUCAUAAAAUCUGUGCUAAAAUCGACAAUAAAGAUCUUUCUGAUUUACUUGCUAAUAAUGAAAACAUUGUUUUUAAUUGCAACAAUUGUCUAACUUGUACAUCGAAUUUGGCUUCGACGAUUGCUUAUUUAACUAAAGACCUUAAAGGCUUAGUAGUGAAAUUAAUCAGUGGAGAAGUUGUUAUUGCUUCGCCUGCUCCUAUUGCUGCUCAGACUAGUUCGCUGAUACCUGCUAUCAAUACUUCAGUUGCUUCGUCUUUUCUUGCCGACAAUGCUGCUAAUAAUUCAUCUACAUCUACUGUUGUUGGCUCUAAGUCAUCGUUAGCGCAAACAAUUUCUGUCACCAAGCCGAAUAUCGUGCCUAUUGUUGCUGCAUCUAAUGCUAAUAGAGCUGAGUUACCUGCUUCCACAGUAAACUCUGAGACUACGACUGCUCUCACUACUUUGACUUAUGCGCAAUCUGUUGUUGGUGAUAUGGCUACUAAUUCUGUGCCUUCGUCUAGUGCUGCUACUGCGUUUACAUAUUCCUCAUCGUCUUCUUCGUUCUCAGCUUCUGCUCACCCAGCUACUGAAACAAACGAAUUCACUGCGCAUUCGGAUUGGAAAGAGGGUAGGGGAAAAAAUAAACAACGCAAACAGAUGAUUGUCACUGGAAUGAGCUCUAACACUGACUUGGAGGUGGCGGAUGUGAAGAGAUGGUUUCACUUGUCCUCCUUCCUUCCAUCCGUAACAGCAGAAAAUAUUGUUGAUUACGUAGUUAGGCAUGCUGGUAUAAACAAAAAACAACUUUCAUGUUAUGCUUAAGUUAAAAAACAGAAUCCGCCUGUUAAAGCUAAUAGGAUUAAUUUUAAGU